AUGUCAACAACCAACGACGAGACCAUUGACUUCGAUGACAAUUUGACCUUUGGUUCGAUCGAUGCCAGUUAUAUCAAAGACAUCGGCAACAACACCAGGGAGUUAAAUAAUGUCGACGAUAACAAAAUUGAUGUUUCUCAUUUGCUGAGCCAGGAAACCGACAAUUCUUCGAAUGUGUUGAGGAUUAUGAAUGAUGGCAAGCAAAAGCGAAACACCAAGGGUCCUCGCUGGGGUGCAGUUGCUCCUUCAAGAACAACUCAAAUGACUUUGAAGGAGCAAGAACGGGUUAUUGAUGAAAUUAAAAAGGAAAAUUUUAGCUUGAAAAUGAAAGUUUAUUUUUUGGAAGAGAGGCUAAGUAAACUCGGUCCAGAUGAGAUGGAAAGGGCACUCAAAGAG